AUGGGUAGGUCCUCUACCUCAGCAACGAACCAACCGCAUGCGGCUACUGUGUCUCCUGGAUCUGCCGAGUUCGUUGCCCUUCAACUUGGUCCUCGUGCCCUCGGUUGCAAUCACCUUCCGAAAUAUCAGCCAUCUCUUGAAGGCAACAACCAGAAGUAUCCAGCUCUCCUCGGAUUUUUUCAUCAAUCUCAAUCUCGUCAUUCGCAGGUCUGUGUCAGCAUUUUGGAGACAUGCAAGCUUUGCGUGAAUUGCUUGUCCCAAGCUACGCCCGACGGCUACGUCUUUUGGUCCAGCAUUGCCAAGGCCUGCUCGCAUGAUGCUUCAUCGCGCAAGAAGGAUGAAUGGCUUGCUGGCCCUGCUUCUUCAGUCAACUACCCUCCAUUCUUCCAAGCUGGCAUGGAGGGCUUCUCUGGUCUGUCUUCUGGAGCAAUCUCUUCUACCCCGAGAGCUCAGCCAUCGAUUGUUGCUAUUCCUAAACUCCCAGGCGCCGAACAGGCUUGGGGAUGGAUUGACGCGCAGCGAAAGCCGUUUUACAUUGACCAGCUCCAUCUAGCGGCUGCUGAACGGGACGUAACCAUCGUCCAGAAGUUCGGAGUCCCUUUUACAGGCGAAGGGAAGUCGAAAGCGCCCAAGCCGAAGAGUUCCCAUGGCUCAGACGCCACUGCCCCAUUGCCUACUGGACCUUCUCACCUGUUUGCACGGCCUCCAGGUCCAGCGAUGCCGCCUCAUGGACGCAGUGCCAGCACCCCGGGUCACCUUCAGCAAGAGGUGAAGCCCUCUCACUAUCCUAAGCCCACUACAGAUCCAUCUACUCACUCUUCCACUACGCAAUCAGUGUCUUCGAGUGGGUUUCUCGAUGGACUGCUUAUUUAUCUACCUCAGCCAGGCUCUUCGUUUCUCCCGCAAUCUCAGCCUACCAACCCGACGGCCACGCCUUCAGGACCACCUGUUGGUUCAAAAUACCCUAGCUCUCUUCCUCCUGGUCUUCCAAAAACGAAAGAGGUUAAACGUAAGCCCGUGAAAGCUUGUUUACCAGACGCAAGUGACAAAACCUCCGCCUCGUCCGUGGUGCCCGGCUCGUUGGAGGCACAAAAGAGCGCGCCGAUCACGUCUCAGCCCGUAACGUCGAUCGAGAAGGCGAUCGCGCCGGCGAAGAACCCCAAGAACGUCCCAGCCCGAGACCGGAGCAACACUCCAUCGUUGUUUUUCCCUGGUCAAGAACCAUCGUCCCAAAGACAACUUGCCUCCAAGGAUAUGGCAGCUGGUACCUCGUCGCGAACAGUCGUGAGCACGACGUCCGCCGGGUCGGCUUCCAUGUCAAGAGCGCUCACGCCAACACACAGCACUUCUAUCACCCAUCCGUGCACAUCUGAUGUCAAAGCAGAUCAUGGUGUGUUGCCUGCCAACCCUGGUCAUUUCAGGACUCUCGCCGUCGGAUCAAGCAAUACUCUGUCUACAGUAGAGAGUCACGGGUCUGCUGCGGCGAAGGCCAAACCACCAACGCAAUUCACUACCAGUCAGUCUCAUCAAGAUCUAGUCUUUCUCAAUAAAGCGACUGCCCCCCAACUGCCCAAGAAAGAUUUGCCCACUGCUGGAGCAACCACGAGCAAUUGGUCCCUCCACGACCCUCUCUUCUUUAACGAGCCUGUGUCCGCUCCAGCCUACGCUCCCUAUACGAGGAGAGCCGCGAAUUUACCAGAGAACGAGUCUGGGCGACUAGAUUUGAAGUUGAGUCGUGGCCAAGACUCUCAUGUGGUGGGACAGGUGCCUAUAGAUCGUAGUUUCGAGUCACACAAAAUCAACAGCGCUGCCGGCACCGCACCAGUAAGGCAGCCGCGCUUCGUGCCGGAGGAGACCGUUAAACGAGGGGAUUUAGAAGUGGGCAAGAUGCACCAGGUCAAGCCUGUUUACUCAGGUUUCGAGGCUACGAAACAACAAGCUUCCCAACAGACUUUCCAUCAGACGGUCAAUCAGACUGUUCAACAGAGUUCCCAGCAAAUUUUCAACGGGGCGAUGCAAGCCGGAAGUCGAACACAGGCAAAGCCGAAUUCGGCGGUCGAAGCGGCAAAGAACCAGCCUCUUGUCCAACAGCAACAAGCUCCCACAAUGGGCGGAAGCCAAUGGAUGAUAGCUGCUGGUUUCUUAGGUUUAGGGUCAAAGACCCAAAAAGUUGGUCAAAAGAGUUCUCAGCCGGAUUUUCAGCAGAUCCACAGUGAUGACAAGAGGGCUUUAGAUGUUGGUAUUCAACGCCAAAUGAAUACUAGUUCUUCAGGUCCAGGAGCAAAGAGCAAACAAUCCGUUCAGCACACAAUGCAAUCCCUUUCUCAGGAGAAUUACAACCAAAGUGCCCAUCAGAACAACCCCCAAAACUUCCAACAGCAGAACUUCCAACAACAGAACUACUAUCAACCCUUUACACAGACUAUUCAACAGGAUCUCCCACAGCCUUCUAAGCAGGCUUCAAGGGGGCCCCCGAGCGCCGAAGUCCGAAAGCAGGGGGUAAACAAAGUUCUCAAGGGGCUCCCCAACACGCUAGCCAGCGGGAUAUACAGCAGUUUCCCCCACAGAGUACCGGGCAGAAAAUCAAGCAGGCUCCCCAAAAGCCUGUCUCGCAGCCUUCUUCGAAGCAUUCCCAGCGGAGUCACGGGCCAAUUUCCAAACACCCUCCUCAACAACCUUCCCGCCAAGAGCACUCCCAGAAUACCAGGCAAAUUUCCCAUGGAAUAA